GGCGCGCGGCGCUUCCUGCCCUGCGCCGCUCGGCCCGGUCCGGUUCGGCUCCGCUCUGCGGCCCGGUCCGCUCGGAAGGACCGCGCCAUGCGGAGCCGCCUCCCGCCCCGCACCGCGUGAGCCGGGCCCGCAGCGCCGCUGCCAGGUGCGGAGGUCGGGGGGGGGGGGAGCGGCGGGCGGAGCGCUGCGCGGCGGUCGCCAUGGACACCGAUAACCAUUUUGGCUUUGCGGGUAUUCCCCCCGCACCCACCGCCUCAGGACUGAAACCCACCGCGCCUUCCUCAGGGGACAACCCGUACAGCAACGGGGCCGCGCUCAGCUUCCCCCCCCAGGGGAAAAGUCUGAACGGGGGCAUGAAUGUCAACGGCUUCUCUACUGUAUCUCACACCACUACUUCAGGGACCUUCACCUCCAGCACGCAUUCCUCGGGGCCCCCCCCCCACCUCCACCACCCCUACGACUGCCUCUGGGACUACACGCAGUUCCAGCCCCCCGGCGGCCUCAAGGACGGCAGCCUCGCUCAGUUCCCCCUCAACGGCGUCUCCGGGGGGUCCCGGCCCCCCUCCCCGGGGCACGGCGCGAACCUUCGGGCCGCGGGGACGGAGCUGUGGGGCAACGGCACCUCCGGCUCCAUGGGGCUGAACUUCGACUCGCAGGAGCUGUACGACUCCUUCCCCGAGCAGAGCUUCGAGCUGCUGCCCAACGGCCCCACCAGCUUCUAUGCGGCCCCGCAGCCGUCCCCUCUGCUGGGCUCCGGAGAGCCGCCCUUCCCUCUGCCCGAGGAGGACUUGGGGGGCGAUGCGGACGAUGCCGAGGCCUCCAAGGAGCUGCAGCCCUCCAGCAUGGCUGAGAACGGGGCCGGGCUGGUGGGCAGCAUGGAGCUGGAGGAUGCACAGCCAGAUCUGAAGCUCUGCGCUUACAACGGCGCGGCGCCCACCGCGGUGCCGCUGAGCCGGCAGAGCCCCGGCCUGACCCCCCCCACGGCCGCCAGCCUGGGGUCCGCAUCGCCUAUGGGCGCACCGCUGGAGGACGCGCAGCUGCUGAGCGGAGACCCCCUGGAGCCCUUCGAGGCUUUGGCCAGAGACCCCGACACCGAUGACCUCUAUGCGAUGGAUGAGACGCAGCUGGUGGGCGACAAAUCCCCCCUGGAGGAACCCCCCGACGACGCGCCCGGCCCCCCCCUGCACGCCGCCAGCCCCUUCAGCCUGCUGGCAGCCCACCGCCCGGCCCCCCCGCUGCUGCCCAGCCCCGGCUCGCCGCCCCCCCUGCACGACAGCAGCCCGGAGCUGAGCAGCAGCCACGCAGGGCCGGCGCAGUCGGGGUCCCUGGAGCUCAGCACCGCGCUGGAGCCCGAAUCCCCAAAUCCUUCUGCUGAGGAAGAGGAGGAGGAAGAAGAAGAAGAAGAGGAGGAGGAGGAGGUGGCUGACAGCUGCACGGAGGCUUCGGCCGCUCCGGAAGGAGAGAGCAAAGAGGAGGCUGCCCCGCUGAGCACAUCGGUGGGAGGCGACGUCCCACGCAGGCGCAUCGCCACCCCCGAGGAGGUUCGCUUCCCUCUGCAGCACGGGUGGAGGAGGGAGGUGCGCAUCAAAAGGGGGAACCACCGCUGGCAGGGGGAGACGUGGUACUAUGGGCCCUGUGGGAAGAGGAUGAAGCAGUUCCCGGAGGUGAUCAAGUACCUAAAUAGGAACGUGGUGCAGGACGUCCGCAGGGAGCACUUCAGCUUCAGCCCCCGAAUGCCGGUGGGGGAUUUCUAUGAGGAGAGGGACACGCCGGAGGGUCUGCAGUGGGUGAAGCUGAGCCCCGAGGAGAUCCCGUCCCGCAUCCAGGCCAUCACCGGGAAGCGCGGCCGACCCCGCAACGCCGAGAAGGCCAAACCCAAAGAGCUGCCGGCCGUGAAGCGCGGCCGCGGGCGGCCCCCCAAAGUGCGGAUGGUGGAUCUGCUGAGCAAGACGGACGCGCGGCUGCUGAAGAGGCUGGAGGCUCAAGAGGUGCUCAGCGAUGAGGACAAGCUGAAGAUGAGCAAAAUCAAGAAGAAGAUGAGGCGGAAGGCCAAGAACAAGCAGAAGCAGGAGGCGAAAGCUCCCAAAGCGAAGGAGGCCAAGAAGAAAUCCAAGGCCAAGGAGAAGAAGGGCAAAGCGGAGAAGGGCAAAGAGAAGGGGCGGCCCAAGGAGAAGAAGGGCAAAGGGCCGCGCAGGGUGGACAAAGGGCUGCUGGCCCAGCGGCGCCUGGAGGAGCGGCGACGGCAGCAGCUGAUCCUGGAGGAGAUGAAGAAGCCGACGGAGGAUAUGUGCCUGGCAGACCACCAGCCGCUGCCCACCUUCUCGCGCAUCCCAGGCCUGGUGCUGCCCAGCCGCGCCUUCUCCCACUGCCUGACGGUGCUGGAGUUCCUGCAGAGCUACGGCAAGGUGCUGGGAUUCGACCCCAGCAGGGACGUGCCCAGCCUGAGCACGCUGCAGGAGGGGCUGCUGGGGGUGGGCGGCAGCGCCGGCGCCGUGCAGGACCUGCUGGUGCGGCUGCUGCAGGCUGCGCUCUACGACCCCGGGCUGCCCCCCUACUGCCAGUCCCUGAAGAUCCUGGGUGAGAAGGUGUCAGAGAUCAGCCUGAACCGGGACACCGUCUCGGAGGUGCUGCGCUGCUUCCUGACGGCACACGGGGCUGAAGCUGAGCUGUGCACGGGGCUGCGCACCAAACCCUUCCAGGCGCUGCUCCCGGAGCGCAAAGCUGCCAUCCUCGCCUUCCUGGUCAAUGAGCUCAACAGCAGCGCCCGCAUCAUCAGUGAGAUUGACAAGACGCUGGAGAGCAUGUCGGCAUAUAGGAAGAACAAAUGGAUCAUCGAGGGACGGCUGCGCCGGUUGAAGGUGGCUCUGGCCAAGAGGACGGGCCGCCCCGAGUCGGAGCUGAUGGCGUUGGAGGACGGGCGACGCCGACGCAGCUCCCGUCUGUGUGAGGAGCCCGGGCUGGAGCUGGAGGAGGAGGAGGAGGGUCGGGGCCGCCGCUCCCGCCGGGACGAGGAGGCUGACACGUCCACCUCCAGCAUCCCUGAGCUCGAGCGGCAGAUCGAGAAGCUGGCCAAGCGGCAGAUGUUCUUCCGUAAGAAGCUGCUCCACUCCUCGCAGACGCUGCGGGCGGCCUCGCUGGGCCAGGACCGGUACCGGCGGCGGUAUUGGGUGCUGCCCCACCUGGGGGGGAUCUUCGUGGAGGGGGCAGAAGUGCCCGAGGAGCGGCCGGAGGAGCCCCCGGAGCAGAAGGUGCUGUGCCCGGUGCCCGCGGUGAAGGAGGAGCCGCCGGAGCCCGAGGUGCCGGCGCCGGUUCCCCAACGGGUCACCAUGAACUGUGUGGCUGCACGCGCCCGGGGGAGGCCGCGGAAGAGCAGAGAGGAGCCACCCCCCCCACCGCCCGUCCCCCCGCCCGUCCCCCCACCCAUCUCCCUGCCCGUCCCCCCCAAAUCGCCGCCCAUCAAUGGGGCCCUGGAGGAAACGCUGGCGCUGGGGCAAAGCCAACACGACCUCAGCCAGUCCGCCUUCCUGUCGUGGCUCAGCCAGACGCAGCCCUCGCUGCUCACCGACGCUGUGCUCACCCCGGACAGCAGCCCCGGAGCGGGGGAUGUGGGGCUGCCCCCCCUCGAGGCCUCGUCUGACCCCACAGAGGAGGAGAGCAGCACAGAGACUGCAGACAUGCAGGGGCAGUGGUUCAGCCCUCUGCCCCGCGAUGACCGAAUCCCCCACGCGCCCUCCUCGGCUGAGCCCCCACCGCCCCACAGGGAGCAGCCCCACAGGGAGCAGCCCCACAGGGAGCAGCCCCACAGGGAGCAGCCCCACAGGGAGCAGCCCCACAGGGAGCAGCCCAAGGCCUCGACCAGGCAGCUGAAUGGGCUCCCAGCGGAUGACCCCACCUCCCCUCUGCUCGCCUCCACCCCGGUCCCCGCCGGUGCCCGGGCCCCCCCCGCAUGCCCCCGCGGCCGGAACAGCCUGGAGAAGCUGCAGGACCCCCCAGGGCAACCCAAGCGCCGGGGGCGGCCCCCCACCAAGUUCUUCAAGCAGAUGGAGCAGAAGUACCUGACGCAGCUGACGGAGCAGCCGGUUCCCCCGGAGAUGCGGAGCGGGUGGUGGUGGCUGCAGGACCCCGAGCAGCUGGAGGCGGUGGCACGAGCGCUGCACCCGCGUGGCAUCCGGGAGAAAGCACUGCACAAACACCUGACCAAGCACAGGGAGUACCUGCGGGAGGUCUGCCUGCGUGCUGCCACGGACCCCAUCUUCCACCCCCGCCCCGAGGCGGCCGCCGUCACCGCCGCAUCUCAGGAAGCGUUGGCCCAAUGGUCGGUGAUGGAGAGGGCGUAUGAGGCCGACCUGUCGGUGCUGCAGUGGGUGGAGGAGCUGGAGCAGCGUGUGCUGAUGGCUGACCUGCAGAUCCGGGGCUGGACGUGCCCCAGCCCCGACUCCACGCGCACCGACCUGCGCUACUGCGAGCACAAAGUGGAGCCUCUGGAGGACAUCACGGUGCGCAGCCGGCGGGAUGGGCUCCCCCCGCGCCGCGAGGACACCAACCCUCUGGACCUGGCAGUGCUGCGCCUGGCAGCGUUGGAGCAGAACGUGGAGCGGCGGUACCUGAAGGAACCGCUGUGGGCGCCGCACGAGGUGGUGCUGGAGAAGGCGGUGCUGAGCGGCCCCGAGGAGCUGAGCCCUACGGAGAUCGCCUACGAGAUCACCCCCCGCGUGCGGACGUGGCGGCAGACGUUGGAGCGGUGCCGCAGUGCAGCGCAGGUGUCGCUGUGCAUCCACCAACUGGAGCGCUCCAUCGCCUGGGAGAAGUCGGUCAACAAAGUGACGUGCCUGGUGUGCCGGCGUGGGGAUGACGAUGAGAACCUGCUGCUGUGUGAUGGCUGCGACCGCGGCUGCCACCUCUACUGCCACCGCCCGCGCAUGGCGGCCGUGCCCGAGGGCGACUGGUUCUGCUCCGUCUGCGUCUCACGGGCACAGCAGUACCCGGAGCCCCUCACCCCGCGGCGGGGGAAGAAGCGGAAGCGGGGCCGCGUGCCCGGGGGGGGCGCAGCGGAGGAGGACGGCAGCCCCCGGCGCAGGGCGGCAUCGCGGCGUCCCGACGGGGCGUCCCCGGCCAAGCGGCGCGCAGCGCCCCCGAGGGGCCCACCCGGAGAUCUGACCUUCUGCGAGAUCAUCCUGAUGGAGAUGGAGGCACACGAGGACGCCUGGCCCUUCCUGGAGCCCGUCAACCCCCGCCUGGUGCCCGGAUACCGCCGCGUCAUCAAACACCCCAUGGACUUCAGCACCAUGCGCGUGCGGCUGCUGCGGGGCGGGUACUCGAGCGCAGCACAGUUCCGUGCUGAUGCCACCCUGGUGUUCGACAACUGCCGGACGUUCAAUGAGGACGACUCAGCCGUGGGCCGCGCGGGGCACAACAUGAGGCGCUUCUUCCAGAGCCGCUGGGAUGAAUUCUACCAGGGACCCCCCCAGCACUGAUGCUACCUGCUGACCCCCCCACCCACUCCAAUCCCUCCCCCUUCCCCCCCCCUCCCCCCUAUUCCAGGGCCC